AUGAAUGUGAUUACAUUCAACAUAUGUGGGAGUGGCAACUCUGUUAAACGUAGGAGAUUCAAUCAUAUUAUGUUGAAAGGUGCAACAGAUUUAUGUCUUAUUCAGGAAUCCAAGUGUAAGAGUAUGGAUGAUAAACUUGUUCAUAGUUUAUUGGGAAGUGAUGGGUCUGCUUAUAACGCUAUUGGCCAAUCAGGUGGUAUACUCACAAUGUGGAGAAAAAAUUAUUUUGUACCUAUUUUCAGUUUCAGAGGAGUAGGUUAUUUGGGAAUGUUUGUUUCUUGUAGAGGUAUGAGUUGUUAUAUUGUGAAUGUUUAG